AUGCCCUCGUCCGCCGAUAGCUCCUCGAUGCCCUCGCCGACCGCGUACCCACCACAACCUCCGAGCCCGCACGUACACUUUCUAAACCUCUAUCAGACGUAUAUCGUCGAUUACGAGUAUGACCGCUCGCCCACGGUCGUCAUGCCCAACGAAUGUGCGCUUCCUGCGCGUGGAUGCCCGGGCAAGACGUACUUUGCAACCGUCGCACGCACCGGUCGUCGAAUAACCCGCUGUGCAACUCCAGCCGCAAGUCGUGGCAAUUCACGCAGUAGGAGUAACAUGUCCCCGCCGCCGUCGCCUUCAUUCUACGCAAAGCAUAUAUUCUACCCAGACGAAUACCCAUUCCCUUCCCCUGUUCCAUCCCCCCGUGUCGGUGCAGCUCGGCAGCUCGCAACGGACACUCCCCCAAUCUCAGACGACUCGGAUCAGGGUCUGUCGACGCCGCCUGACAUGGCUUCGCAGGCUCCCUCGCCACGCUCCCUAUCGCGUAGAGGCAGCGCAACCGCACUGUCGAACAAUGCAAUGGGCAUGCAACUCUACAUUGACGCCCCGAGUCAUCCACCAAUACCUGGGCUGAGCAUGUCUCCCACCGGACGUGGUGCAGACAUGUUUGCUAUUACCAAUGCCCUCAACGGACUCGAACUCAAUCCUGGUUCACCCACGACGCCUAAAAAGGUCAAGACGAAGAAAUCAAAGUCUUCUUUGUCUGGAUCGCCGACUUCUGAGAAGAAGCGUGCGCGCGUCGUCCCCCCCGCACCGUCAUGGACGGCAGACCAGGGUGUGCUCGGUGGAUUCUGA